AUGGCUUCUAUGCAUCGCAGCCCAUCUGCUCAUUCAAAUCCCCUCGAGGAUGAGAAGAAUGAUAAUGCCGGGGCAGAGAUGGUUGAGACGGUCUCUCAGGUUCAUGAAGGUGUCGAGGAAGGCGCUUGGGCUUCAGCGAAGAAGAACCCCAAAGUCAUUCUCUACAGCAUCGCUGCUUGCGUGAGCUCGAUGCUUUGGGGUUUUGACAUUGGCGUCAAUUCCAUAAGUGUGGCAUUGCCUGCAUUUAAAAUGGUCUUUGGGUACGAAUAUGAGGGCGAGCUCUUGAUCUCAGCCACGUGGAAUGCCCUGUGGACUGCGAUGACAUCGCUUGGAAUGUUGAUAGGCAGCAUCAUUUGUGGUUGGGUGUCGGAUCGCGGCGGUCGACGACUUGGAUUUGGAAUGGGUUCGGCCAUUUCUUUGCUCGGUGUCGGCCUGGAAUAUGCUGCCAAAGAACCUGGCAUGCUUCUUGCCGGCAAGAUCAUCAACGGUCUAGCUCUGGGUUUCUUCCUGGCCCUAGGUUCCACAUAUGCCUCCGAGAUCGCACCAACUGCCUUGCGUCCUUCUCUAACUGCUGCGGUCAACCUUUUCAUCAAUGCCGGUCAGCUCACGGCUAUCGGCAUCGGUAACACUCGCUUCGCUAUAAUGCUACCGUCAUCCUAUAAGGUUAUUUUUGCGGCGCAAUGGGCGUUUCCUUGUUUUAUCGCUUUACUGGCCAUGUUCAUGCCCGAAAGCCCUUGGUAUCUCCUCCGUAAGGGUCAAGUCGAGCAGGCAAAGAAGAGUCUGCAGAGACUACAUCUGAAGGCAACUGAUACGGCCGCGAUUCUGGAAGAAAUCCAAGCCUCCAUCGCUGCUGAAAAUACGAUUGCAGACAUUCAAAAGGAUACUUCGUACUGGGACUGCUUCCGAGGCACUAAUUGGCGCAGGACUCGCAUUUCUUGCGGAAUGUUUGCGGUGCAGCAGUUUACUGGUAUCGCAUUCUAUUCACAGGCCUUGUACUUCUUAGGAAUUUCUAGUCUACCGACCGCUCUUACUUUCCAGCUCGCGCUAGGAGGCUUUGGUGUAGCCAUGCUUGGAAACAUCAUCUCAUGGUUCAUCAUGAAUUAUGUUGGGCGUCGACCUCUCCUUUUGACCGGCAUUUUACUGAACGGUCUGUGUCUGAUGUCCGUCGGUGUUGCUGGAUGUUUCACCACCAUGGCUGCCCUUUACUAUAUCGGUUAUGUGAUGAACUUUGCCCAAAUCUUUUAUGCUCCCACCGUUGGAGCUGUAAGUUGGACCAUCAGCGCAGAGGUGAGCUCGGUAAAUGUUCGAGCCAAAACACAAAGUCUGGCAAUUGGAACCAACGCGUUGGUCAGCUGGGCCAUGAACUUCAUUGCUCCUUACCUGAUUAACACCGAUGAGGCCAACCUCGGAGGCAAGGCUGCGUUUGUAUGGAUGGCUCUCUCUUUCGUGAGUCUGAUUUGGGCUUGGUUUGAGGUUCCCGAGCUCAAGGAUCGCACUUUUGCUGAACUUGAUGAGAUUUUUGCUCAAACGACCCCAACAAGAAAGUUCAAGAAAGCGAUGGUGGGCUCUAGCUCGAGCUCUAAAGAUAUUUCGUCUUAG